ACAAUAAGAAACCUUCCAUUUCCAAAUUAAUAAGCAUUAGAGCAUAAAAUUAUCCACUCUCUUCCAUUGUUGGUAUUACUUUUCCUCUGCUAUUUUCUCUCAUGGCCAGACUGUCAGAUCCUCUUUUGGUUGGGAGAGUCAUUGGAGAUGUCAUUGAUUCUUUCACUCCAUCUGUCACAAUGAGUGUCACUUACAACUCCAACAAGCAGGUAUACAAUGGUCAUGAAUUUUUCCCUUCCUCAGUUACCCAGAAACCCAAGGUUGAAGUUAAUGGAGGUGACAUGAGAUCUUUCUUCACUCUGGUUAUGACUGACCCAGAUGUUCCUGGUCCCAGUGACCCAUACCUGAGGGAGCACUUGCACUGGGUUGUAACAGACAUCCCAGGCACCACGGAUGCUACAUUUGGGAAGGAAGUGGUGAGCUAUGAGAUGCCAAGGCCAAACAUAGGGAUACACAGGUUUGUGUUCGUGCUGUUCAAGCAGAAUAGGAGGCAGACACUGAUGAACACUCCUACGACUAGGGAUGGAUUCAGCACUAGGAAGUUUGCAGAAGAAAAUGAUUUGGGUCUUCCUGUGGCUGCUGUUUACUUCAAUGCUCAAAGGGAAACAGCUGCUAGAAGACGCUAAUGGAAGUACUGAUGAGGCUAUUCAAGCCUGCUACUCUCUGAAUCAGUGUGGACCAUAACCCAAAAAACAUGUUUAAGUGUUGUGUGCAUGUACAAUAUGUUUGGAGUUUAGUGUGGAAUAAUUAACUAGAAUAAAUCCUGUGAGAUCUG